GGCUCAUAUUACUCUGAAAACUUAAAAUAGCUGAGGCCUGAGGCAGGCUGGGACAGAACUAGACAUGGGGCCCCCUGGUAUCAAGAAAGAAGUAGAGGAGAACAAAUGUCUCCAAUGCAUCCCUCCAUGCAUAUACACAGGGACACACAUUAAACUUCUUGAAAAGAGGGGAUAUGGAAGAUGCAUGUUACAUAUCUAUUGCCCACAAGUUCCCAGGAGAAAGUACCUCUAGGAAAAUACCUAAACCAUGCACCCUUGGGCACUGUGUUGGGGUGGUAAAGCUGGGAUUGUCGUCAGUGUGGAAAGCUGGGUAUCAGUUUGAGGAAUUGACUGGGAAGUUCUUUAGUCUGUUGGGCUUUUUUUCUGGACCUUCAUCUAAUUUUCUAUUCAUAACUCCUGCCAAAGGAUCUCCGUUUAACCAAAUUUCUCCCAAACCCUCCCCUUCAAGGACAACCCUACUGUGAGGGACAGAAAUAAGGGAGGGAAGGAUGGCAGUCAGGGAUUAGAUUUCAUAGUGGGGUCCAACCUCUUGCAGGAUGACAGAAAAGGAGGUGCUGGAGUCUCCUAAGCCCUCCUUCCCAGCAGAGACUCGGCAAAGUGGGCUGCAACGACUGAAGCAGUUUUUCAGGAAGGGGUCUACGGGGAUGAAGGAGAUGGAGAUUCCCUCAGAACCCCAGGCCAAUGGGGAGGCAGUGGGAGCUGGGGGUGGGCCCAUCUAUUACAUCUAUGAGGAAGAGGAGGAGGAAGAAGAAGAGGAAGAGGAACCACCUUCAGAACCUCCUAAGCUUGUCAACGAUAAGCCUCACAAAUUCAAAGAUCACUUCUUCAAAAAGCCAAAGUUCUGUGAUGUCUGUGCCCGGAUGAUUGUUCUCAACAACAAAUUUGGUCUUCGCUGUAAGAACUGCAAAACCAACAUCCAUGAACAUUGUCAGUCCUAUGUGGAGAUGCAGAGAUGUUUCGGCAAGAUUCCCCCUGGUUUCCGUCGGGCCUAUAGCUCCCCACUGUACAGCAACCAGCAGUACGCUUGUGUCAAAGAUCUCUCUACUGCCAAUCGCAAUGACCCUGUGUUUGAAACUCUGCGUACUGGGGUGGUCAUGGCAAACAAGGAACGGAAGAAGGGGCAGGCAGAUAAAAAAAAUCCUCUAGCAGCCAUGAUGGAGGAGGAGCCAGAAUCUGCCAGACCAGAAGAAGGCAAACCCCAGAAUGGAAACCCUGAAGGAGAUAAGAAGGCUGAGAAGAAGACAAUUGAUGACAAAGUGAGAAUCCUUUCUCCCCACAAGGACCCCAGUCCUCUCCCCAACCUAGGUCUGACACCACUCAUAGCCUCUGCAGAAGCUGACACUUACUUCCAGUACACACCCACAGCCAACAAGCUCCUCUCAGUUCAAGGCUCUGGAGGAGAGUUGGUUGUAGUGUGUCUGGAGACUGCCUCUGCCAUGGACUCCAGUCCCUCAAUGGAGGGCAGAGGAGCCCUAAGACUAAUCACCACUUUUCAUCCUCAGCACAAGCAACCUGGCUUCCAGCAGUCUCAUUAUUUUGUGGCUCUCUAUCGCUUCAAAGCUCUAGAGAAGGACGAUCUGGAUUUUCCGCCCGGAGAGAAGAUCACAGUCAUUGAUGACUCCAAUGAGGAGUGGUGGCGGGGGAAAAUCGGGGAGAAGGUCGGAUUUUUCCCUCCCAAUUUUAUCAUUCGGGUCCGGGCUGGAGAACGCGUGCACCGCGUAACGAGAUCCUUCGUGGGGAACCGCGAGAUAGGGCAGAUCACACUCAAGAAAGAUCAGAUCGUGGUGCAGAAAGGAGACGAAGCUGGCGGCUACGUCAAGGUCUACACCGGCCGCAAGGUGGGGCUGUUCCCCGUGGACUUCCUGGAGGAGAUUUAGGCGCGCGCUUGAUGGCAGGAGACACCCACGUCCCCAUUCUGGGCGGGCCCAGUGGAGCUUGGGGAGGAAAAGGCAACAGCCGGGUAGACAGGGGCUGGAAGGCCCGCCAGAGCCUAACCCGCUUCUGCGUAGGGGCUGGUUUCCCGCCCCUUCCCGGCCUAGGGCCUGGGGCACUGACGCCCGGAGCAGCCGCACCCGGCCCUCGGACCUAGCCUUCAGAGCUAGAAAAAGAAAAUAUCUCCCUGGGGGUGGAGGGGUGGAGGCACUAACUGUCGAAUGUUUC